AUGGGAUUUUUAAAGUUUAUAUUUAGUUUUUAUACGUUUAUACACUUAUCAAAUUGUUCUCAUGAUUUUCUGGCCCAUAACUUUGUACAAUAUCAUGUCGGAGGGAACGACUAUGGCCUCCCUCACCUGGCAGUCGACGGCAAGUUGCGUUACCUUUUGCCCGGGAACUUCGGCCUUACAGACUCAUCAGAUAAAUUUGUAUCCAGUAUGUUCUCCAGAGGCAGGAACGUAUACUUGCUUCGCCUAGAGGAUCUGUUAACAAAGCGAUUUUAUUGGCUUUUCUUCAAGAAUGUUCUAAGGACGAAUAAUGUUCUCCUGCUUACACUUCCACCAAAGGACAGUGUUUUAUCUGGAAAAAAUAAUAAAUGCGACGAAGCAUUCGCUACAGAAUUCUCAAACUCAAAUUUAGAAAAAUGCAGUGAUUUUAAACAAAUACACCAGGAAACUCUCUUAAAAUUAGAACAGUUUCUAUAUAAAUCCAAACCUAAAUGUUCUUUAUCAAUAACAGAAUAUGACCCAAACCUUGAAAAAGUUUUCGAUUUAAUCAAAUCUUCAAGAAAGUUAUUGGGAGAUGAUGUACGUGUAAAUGCAAAAGAUUUCGAGUCAAAUUUAAUAUCAAAUUUCUUAACUCUAAAUCUUUACGGAGAAUUGAAUACUGUGAAAAAUGAUAGUGAUAGUCCUGAUAAUGAGAAACGAAAGAAAAUGUUGGUAACUGUUAAUAUUGACACGUUCAGUGUGUUGCAAACGUACUCAAGUAAUAGCCAGAACAACAGUAGUUUGAUACUAACACUCGAGUUGUCCAGACUCUUGAAGGACGUGAAGAGCGAGCUUUACGACGUCAUCUUCCUCUUUUACUCUGGAUCAGUGAUAAAUUACUCUGGCCUGAGACACUUUUUACACAACUACAAAAAAGACGACAUCGAAUUUGCAGUCAAUUUCCAGGACUUAUCGGGGGACAAAUUAUAUUAUUACACGCUCGAUGAUUUUUUCACAGACCUAGAACCUUAUAUGAAGGAAUUUGAUCCAUCACUUGAGAAUGUCGUAAAGCAGGAAAAUCCUGUGAAAAAAGAUGAAACUACUGAAGAAAAUCAAGAAAAAGACUUAAAUCCUCAUAAUAGAUUCAACAAUUUGGGCAAAGUGGAAUUAAACUUGCCAAAUGAAGUUGACACCUUUAAGUCAUUUACUGUUACAACCACAAGUGAAGCCACUCCACUGUAUACAAGAUGUUAUUCUCUUAAUUUCAGACUUGAUUAUGAUUUAUUAACACAAAGAAUUGUUGAUUUCGCUCAAGUGUUUUUGAACCUAUUAAAAUCAGAAGAUCAAUUAAACCUUGACAAGGAGGAAAUAAAAGCUAAUGUAAAGAAGUGGGACGAAGUGUUGAGUGAGCCGAGGAACGUUUUGACUACUAAUUUGUUACUGUUGGACUCUGUGAAAGAAGUAGUUUCACACUUGGAGUCGAAUUUGGGCAAGAUCCAGGUCCAGAACUUUAGAACCCACAUCCAGGAACACAAGUUCUACUCGUCUGCACCCAACAAUUGCACAGUUUUCGUAGGAAAACACCCAGCAUUUGAUCUUUUAAUACUGGUGGCAGUCACCGUGUACAUCCUAGUCAUCUGGAGCCUGGUCAGAGGAUCCCCAAAAGUCGCACUCAACGACAUCACGGAGAUGUUCCAGCAACUGUUUAACGAAAAGAAUUUCAAAUUUAAAACUAAAUAA